GUUCAAAUACUUAACACACCUGGCAAUAGUAUUGCAGUGGGUGCUACUAUUAUAAUCACUUGGACAUAUACCCCACAAGUGAAUCCGAUUCCAGGCAUUUUAAGUAUUAUCGACAACACAACUAAAAACACAGUCAUAAUUAGCUCUACUAUAAACCUCUCUUCCCAAUCCUACCAGUGGAAGGUCAAUGUUCCCGCGGGCACUUAUUUCCUUGGUCUCAACGACGGGUCUGGUGAUAAGUAUUCUGGAACUUUCACAGUCUUUCAGUCCGGAUUACCUAACCCCGCAACUACUCAAGCUCUAUUUAGUCAAAGUGCUCAACUAACUAUUCACUCACCAGCUAAAACAGAUGAAGUUGUCCCCUCUACCCCUAAUCCAACUACUAAAGCUAAUGUUAAUCAAACUACUACAAAUUCAUCUAAUAUUGGAAUAUAUAUUGGUAUCGCUAUAAGUGGUAUUAUAAUUGGUGUAGUCUUAUCUUUUGUUGGAUCUUAUGUAUAUAAAAAAUACCAAGAUUCAAGAUUUAUUCCAACAUCUGGCAACGUUGAUCAUAUGGAUUCAAUGCCUGGCAAUGUUGGUUUAUCAUGGGUUUAA